UACAAAACCUUCUCAAAAUCCUCAAAAUGAAGUUCAUCCUUGCCGUGGCCCUCUGCAUUGCCUUCGCCGUUGUCCUGGAAGCAGGAAUCCCAAUCAGCCACACGAUGAGGCAUGAUGACUUUGAGCCCAUCAAGGAGGACUGGCACAUUCCCAGCUACGAGUACAAGUACGGAGUCCAGGACCCCAAAACCGGAGACCACAAGGAGCAAUGGGAACAUCGUCAUCAUGACAUAGUCAAGGGAGGAUAUAUGCUCCAUGAUGCCGAUGGCACGAAGCGUAUUGUAGAAUACACUUCUGAUCCCAAGACUGGUUUCCAUGCCAUCGUGAAGACUGAAGGACACGCCAAGCAUCCACUGAUCUACGGAAUUGGUCACUAA